UGCACGGUGCGUCCUGCAGCAGCAACAACAGCAGCAGCAGCAACAACAACGGCACCUGUCGUUUUCUGGACCAGCUGAUAACCGGUUUAGGAGUAAAUCAAGAUAUUCCCCGAAACAAUUACGAGCCGAACACGGCGAGGAUGUGUGAAUACCGAUGGCUUCAUGUGUAGAUAUUUGCGCCUGUGAAAAUUACGCAUCGAGCCCUUGAUGCUGAAGAGUGGUGACGCUGAGGGGAACAAUUUCAGUGCACCCCUGUGAAAACACACACUGAGACACACACACAUAUUGUGGAGCUUUGUGGAUACAAGCCCUUCAGAGGAGACGAUGAGAGGCUACCUGCUGACUGCAAUCUUUCUGCUGCCCUUGGUGGCCUCAGAGUCCGGGCACUGUCUAAUCAAGCGUGAACAUGAGAAAUGCAUGGAGAAUAUCAUGACACACGACCCCAACGAUGACCUUGAAUUAGUGUGCCCGUGGAUGUGGGACAACCUGACGUGCUGGCAGUCGGCCAACGUGGGCGAGGUCAUCGUGGUCAACUGUCCGGAGCUCUUCCACGACUUCAUGGACCCCGAAGAGGAGAUGGGGAGGAUCAGUCGUAACUGCACCGAGGAAGGCUGGUCUGAACCUUACCCUCACUAUGUGGAAGUCUGCUAUUUCUUUGAAAACGCCACUAAACCCGACCUGUACUACGCCUCGGUGAAGGCCCUGUACACGGUCGGAUACAGCACCUCGCUGGUGUCUCUGACCACAGCCAUGGUCAUCCUCUGCAGAUUCAGGAAGCUCCACUGCACCAGGAACUUCAUUCACAUGAACCUCUUUAUGUCCUUCAUCCUGAGAGCCAUCUCAGUCUUCAUCAAAGACGGUGUGCUGUACGCUCAGGACGACAGCGACCACUGCUUCAUUCAGACAGUGGCGUGUAAAGCAGUGAUGAUUUUCUUCCAUUACUGUGUCAUGUCCAACUAUUUCUGGCUGUUCAUCGAGGGGCUGUAUCUCUUCACUCUGCUGGUGGAGACUUUCUUCCCUGAGAGGCGCUACUUCUACUGGUACACCAUCGUAGGCUGGGGGACUCCCACCAUCUGCGUCACUGUAUGGGCGGUUCUGAGGCUCCACUUUCAUGACACUGGAUGCUGGGAUACGAAUGAGAACACUGCCCUCUGGUGGGUGAUCAAGGGACCUGUAGUGGCCUCCAUUAUGAUAAACUUUGUCCUCUUCGUUGGAAUAAUCAUCAUCCUGGUGCAGAAGCUGCAGUCCCCGGACAUCGGAGGGAACGAAUCGAGCAUUUACCUCAGCUGUGCUCAGAAAUGCUUCAGUGAGCCCACACAGGCUGUUCAGCAUUCGUGCAGGAUGUCAGAGUUAUCCACCAUCACACUGCGUCUGGCGCGCUCCACCCUCCUGCUCAUCCCCCUCUUUGGUAUUCACUACACUGUGUUCGCCUUCUCACCUGAGGAUGUCAGCAAGAGGGAGAGACUGGUCUUUGAACUGGGACUGGGAUCCUUCCAGGGCUUUGUUGUAGCGGUCCUCUAUUGUUUCCUUAACGGAGAGUUUCUCCCUGAAGGUGCAGUCGGAGAUCAAGAGGAAAUGGCGCAGCUGGACGGUGAACCGGUACUUUGCUGUGGACCUGAAGCAGCAAAGGCACCCUUCGUUGGCCAGCAGUGGGGUGAACGGCGGGACUCAGCUGUCCAUCCUCAGCAAGAGCAGCUCCCAGAUCCGCAUGUCCUCCCCGCUGGCGGAGAACGCCAACAUCAGCCUCCCGACCUGAGCGUCUGAUGGGCCGGAGUCAACGUCAAGGUGCCGUCCCACUCGCAUCCUGACCAACCAGAGCAGACCAAAGCGGCCCCUCAGACCUCUCACAUUUUGUAGUUUGGCCUUUCGAAAAUGAGGUAUUUCUGAAAGUAUUUACUGGAGAUUCAUUAGAGGAGCAUAGCUGACUAUCAUUUCAUUUGACUAUAAAAUAUUAUUGAACUAUUUGAAUACUUUAGUAGACUCUGAAAACGUAUUAAUGAUGCACUUAUUUUAAGUGUUAAAUUCCACUCAGAGAUAUUGGAAAUCCUGGAAUUUUAGCCCCUGUUCUUGAUUUAUUUAUAGAUAAUAUUAAUGUAGAGUUGGUGCCAAAAAACAGUCAUAGCUAUUGAGAAAAACUGUAGUUUAAUUAUGAAAUGAAGGGGUCAUAAUUGGCUGUUUUAAAGUAAAGUAAAGUGCAUCAAACAGGUUGCCGGACUGGAUCGAUCUCGUAAAUGUCCAAAAUGAAAUACCAACCAAACGUUCGCCUUGCUUGUAAAAAAUGCUCAUUGUUUAAAUGUUUCAUCAUAAAUGUAAAACAUUUUCUACAAUCAGCCGUAAGUACAGAGUAUGUCAAAAGAUAUUUUAGGAAGAGAAAAAAAAAGAACUCAUGGACUUUGUAAAUAGUUACUUUUAGUGUCGAGAUCAGAGGUUUCUUUUUUCUUUUUUUCGCAUUGCGCAGUAUUGUAAUGACCUUUUCAAACAAAAGGAACUGGAGCCCAAAUCUGUAGACUUCAUCACAUAUCCUGAUGACCCAGAAGAUCCUGCCUACUAUGCUCUGAACUAUUUGUUUGUAAUAAAUAAAAACACAGACAGUAUUCUAUUUAUAGAAGAACACACGUGCCAAAAUGAAUGAUAACUGUAGAGCAGUAGAUCCCAACCUGAGGUUUUACAGUAUAAGAUUAAUUUGAGCUGUUGUGUCAGAUACAAGUAAGAAAAUAAGUUAUUUUGCUAUUUAAUUAUGUUUAUUUAUAAUUGGCCUCUUUUUCUGGUAAAAUACUACAUACUUGUAUGUCUUCAAGCUUCGUAUUACACAAUCUGAGCAGGUAAAAUCCGGCUUUGUUUGAAGUGCUCACAACUUCUGACGAGGUGUUUUAUUUUAGUUACAAGACACAAAUAGCUGGUAACCACGGCUGUAGAGGAUGCACAGGACGAAAGGGAAUAACAUGGUUUUAAACCUUACAAUCUUCACUCUAAACUGAUUUAUCCUCACAGCUAGUGCUAGUAGUUUGCUUCCGUUAAUUUAAAGUGGACCUAUCAUGCUAUAUUUGAAUAAUAUAGUGUAGGACCAUACCUAUAUAAGGCAUAUUUAUACUUUUUUCUUUUCAAAAUACCAAACAGAUCAUGCAUUUUAGCCAUGCCUCAUUUCGCUCAAUUUGCACUUUUUUUUAGCUCUGCUCUGCAAGGGCAGAUUCAGUGAGAACAGCACCAUCUACUGG